CUGUGGGGGAGACACCGGAGAGGCCCCCGGGGCGGUCCCGGUAGCACCGGGAGAACCGGGGGAGGCCGCGGGAGGAGGAGCGGGGGAACGUCCAUGGAGCAGACCGGGAGAGCCCCCGGGGAGGGUCACGGUUCGAGGAGGAGCCUCGGGGUGGUAUCCACGCCCUGCGGGAGAGGAGAGGGAAAAAUGGGAGAAUUUGGGGAGGAAUUCCCUGCACAGAGUGAGGCCAGCGCAGCCCCGAGUCCUGCCAGGAGGAAUUCUGCCACGGGAGGGUUCUGGCGCCGGUGACGAGCGAUGGGGUAUGAUGUGGCUCGGUUCCAGGGGGACGUGGACGAGGACCUGAUCUGCCCCAUCUGCAGUGGGGUCCUGGAGGAGCCAGUGCAGGCCCCGCACUGCGAGCACGCCUUCUGCAAUGCCUGCAUCACGCAGUGGUUCUCGCAGCAGCAGACGUGCCCCGUGGACCGCAGCGUGGUGACGGUGGCCCACCUGCGCCCGGUGCCGCGGAUCAUGCGGAACAUGCUCUCCAAGCUGCAGAUCACCUGCGACAACGCCGUCUUCGGCUGCACGGCCGUGGUGCGCCUCGACAACCUCAUGGCUCACCUCAACGACUGCGAGCACAACCCCAAGCGCCCCGUCACCUGCGAGCAGGGAUGCGGGUUGGAGAUGCCCAAGGACGAGCUGCCCAACCACAACUGCAUCAAGCACCUGCGCUCGGUGGUGCAGCAGCAGCAGACGAGGAUUGCAGAGCUGGAGAAAACCUCGGCCGAGCACAAGCACCAGCUGGCAGAGCAGAAAAGGGACAUCCAGCUGCUCAAGGCCUACAUGAGGGCGAUCCGCAGCGUCAACCCCAACCUGCAGAACCUGGAGGAGACCAUCGAGUACAACGAGAUCCUGGAGUGGGUGAACUCCCUGCAGCCGGCGCGGGUGACGCGCUGGGGCGGCAUGAUCUCCACGCCCGACGCCGUCCUUCAGGCCGUCAUCAAGCGCUCGCUGGUGGAGAGCGGCUGCCCGGCCUCCAUCACCAACGAGCUCAUCGAGAACGCCCACGAGCGCAACUGGCCCCAGGGGCUGGCCACGCUGGAGACCAGGCAGAUGAACCGCAGAUACUACGAGAACUACGUGGCCAAACGCAUCCCCGGCAAGCAGGCCGUGGUGGUGAUGGCCUGCGAGAACCAGCACAUGGGAGAGGACAUGGUGCUGGAGCCGGGGCUCGUCAUGAUUUUCGCUCACGGAGUGGAGGAGAUAUGAGAGGAGUUGGCCUAAGGGUGGAGAGGAGGGGGUUGGUGGAGGAGAUGUGGGGGAAAAUCCAGCUUGGGACAAUGGGGGUGUUGUGGAGUUGGGUUUUUUGUUCGUGGUAUGGAGGAGAUAGGAGAAAAAAUCACCUAGGGUUUUCUGGAGUUGGGAUUUUGGGGUUGUGAUUUUUGGUCAUGACGUAGAGAUCCAAAAAAAUCCGACUCGGGACAAUGGGGGUUCCCUGGACUUGGACUUCUAGGGUUUUCAUGAUUGUCACUCAUGGCAUGGAGAUCUGAGAGAAAUCCACCUACGGACGGCGGGGGUUUUCUGGAGUUGGGAUUUUGGGGUUGUGAUUUUUGGUCAUGACAUGGAAAUCUGAGAAAAAUCCACCUUGGAAUGGCGGGGGUUCCCUGGAGUUGGCAUUUUGGGGUUGUGAUUUUUGGUCAUGACAUAGAGAUCCAAAAAUUCCGACUUGGGAUGGCAGGGGUUUCCUGUAGUUGGGAUUUUGGGGUUGUGAUUUUUGGUCAGGACGUAGAGAUCCAAAAAAAUCCGACUCGGGACAGUGGGGGUUCCCUGGACUUGGCAUUUUGGGGUUGUGAUUUUUUCUCACAGAGUGGAAGACAUCUGAGAAAAAUCCAUCUCAGCAUGGCAGGGGUUUCCUGGAGUUGGGAUUUUGGGGUUGUGAUUUUUCUUCAUGACUUAGAGAUCCAAAAAAAUCCACUCAGGGACAAUGGGGGUUCCCUGGAUUUGGGUUUUUGGGGUUGUGAUUUUUGCUCAUGAUGAGAAGAUCUGGAAAAAAAAAAAAAAAAAUCAACGGUUCCACCACCUCAGGAUGGUGGGGGCUCCUUGAACUUUGGUUUUUAGGGUUUGUGAUUUUCCCUCACAGCUUGAAAAUCUGGAGAUCUGAAAAAAUCCGACUCAGGACAGCGGGGCUUCCCUGGACUUGGAAUUUUGGGGUUCCCUGAAUUCGGAAUUUUGGUGUUCCCUGGACUCGGAUUUUUGGGGUUCCCUGGACUCGGAUUUUUUGGGGUUCCCUGGACUUGGGAUUUUUUGGUGUUCCCUGGAUUCGGAUUUUUGGGGUUCCCUGGACUCGGAUUUUUUGGGGUUCCCUGGACUUGGGAUUUUUUGGUGUUCCCUGGAUUUGGAAUUUUGGGGUUCUCUGGACUCGGAUUUUUGGGGUUCCCUGGACUCGAAAUUUUGGUGUUCCCUGGAUUCGGAUUUUUUGGGGUUGCCUGGGCUCGGAAUUUUUGGGUUCCCUGGAUUUGGAUUUUUUGGGGUUCUCUGGACUCGGAUUUUUGGGGCUCCCUGGAUUCGGAUUUUUUGGGGUUCUCUGGACUCGGAAUUUUGGGUUCCCUGGACUCAGAUUUUUUGGGGUUCCCUGGACUCAGAUUUUUGGGGUUCUCUGGACUCAGAAUUUUGGGGUUCCCUGGACUUGGAAUUUUGGGGUUCCCUGGACUCGGAAUUUGGUGUUCCCUGGAUUCGGAUUUUUUGGGGUUUCCUGGGCUCGGAAUUUUGGGGUUCCCUGGACUCUGAAUUUUUGGGAUUCCCUGGACUCAGAUUUUUUGGGUUCCCUGGACUCGGAAUUUUGGAGUUCCCUGGACUCUGAAUUUUUGGGAUUCCCUGGACUCGGAUUUUUUGGUGUUCCCUGGACUCGGAAUUUUGGAGUUCCCUGGACUCGGAAUUUUGGGGUUCCCUGGACUCGGAUUUUUUGGGGUUCUCUGGAUUCGGAUUUUUGGGGUUCUCUGGACUCGGAUUUUUGGUGUUCCCUGGGCUCGGAAUUUUGGUGUUCCCUGGACUCAGAUUUUUUGGGGUUCCCUGGACUCAGAUUUUUGGGGUUCCCUGGACUCAGAUUUUUGGGGUUCCCUUCUGGAUUGGACCCGUUCCAAACCCAGCUCAGCUCACCCUGUUCCAAGAGGGGGCUCCAGACCCCUCGGGGGUGCCCCAGACCCCUCAAGCUCCAUCUCCUCUCUGCAGUUUCCACCUGGCCAGGUGUCCCCAAAGGGCGCUCCCGGUGUCCCCAGCCCUGCAGUGGGGGCUCCUCGGCCCUGGGGACCCCUCCUGUCCCCUUCUUUUCGUGCAUGCCCCAUCCCCUGACCCCGGGAGCAUCUCCCACCUCCUCCCAAUCCAUGUUUGCCUCUGCUCUCUCCACCCUUGGUGUUAUUUUUUCCAGACAUUCGUGAUUGUGGUUCUGUAUUUUUAAUUUUUUUUUUUUUUUUUUGUACUUCAUUCUUUUUUCUUUUUUUUUUUCUUUUUUUUUUGACCUUUUCUUAUUUUUACUCUCCCUUUUUAUUUGAUUCUCCAAGUAACCGUGGGCAGGCACCUCUGGCCUGGGUCCGUGGGACUCGUUGGGAAUUUAAUUUAAUUUAUUUGCAUUUAUUUCAAUUUUUUUUUUUUUACCAUUGUUUCUCCUCCCGGCAGAUCCGGCAGGAGGCAGGGAUUGAAGUGAUCAAUAAACAGAAUUCUGGUUGCUUUA